GAGCGACCUUAGAACCUCCCCAUUGGCGCCAUUUUUGAUUGUAAGAAAGUGUACCAACUUUGAUUUUCUCACAGAAAAUGUCGAAAAGAAAGGGUAUAUCACUAGAAGAGAAGAGACAGAGGAUGCUGUCUGUCUUCUACGACAGGAAAGAGUUCUUCCAGCUCAAAGAACUGGAGAAAAUCGGCUCCAAAGAGAAAGGAAUUAACGCUAUGGUGAUCAAGGACGUGAUCCAGGGGUUGGUGGACGAUGGUCUGGUGGACACGGAGAGGAUCGGCACGUCUAACUACUUCUGGGCCUUCCCGAGUAAAGCCGUGCACACCCGCAAACGGAAGAUAGACGACCUGCAGAAACAGCUGGGGGAGAGCGAGAGGAAGAGGAAGGCAACGGACGAAAGUAUCAGCAAGGCAAAAGUGGGCAGAGAGGACUCUGAGUCAAGAGAGAAGAUCUUAAAGGAACUGAAGGAGAAGAAGAUCCAGUGUGAGAAGCUGACAGUACAGAUAGAACACUACAAGGAGUGUGACCCAGAAGUACUGGAGGCCAAACGGCAGGAAACACAGGUGGCAAAAGAUGCAGCCAACAGAUGGACAGACAACGUGUUCUCCAUCAAGUCCUGGUGUAAGAGGAAGUUUGGGUUUGAGGAGAGUGUACUAGACAAGCAGUUUGGCAUUCCGGAGGACUUCGACUACAUUGAUUAAACUUCCUUCUCUAAAGUCUCAAUGAUCUUAACCUUAAUGCUAUACUUAUCACUGGUAAUGUAAAUUACAAGGACUAAUGAUAUUGUACAGCUAUGAUGCCAAGUUUAUGGGACACUUUAAAUCAACGUUUUUGGUGAUUAUUUGUCCUCUGUUGCUAGCUUAUACUAUCUAUAGUAAAAGGUCGAAGAAUUCCAGUAUGUAGCUUUACCAAUGUAGAUACAUUGUUGUAUAAUGUACAUAGAAAAAGUAUCAAAUGUGCUAGUAGCAUUUCUGCCAGGUAUAUGAUAAAUCCUGUACUGUUUUCUUUCUCUUUUUUUAUUACAAUGUUACUAUGGCUGUAAUAAGAAGUUUAUGCUGUAUGUCACUUUGUGAUGAACAAAUCAGCCAAAUUAUUGUGUACAUUUGACAAUCUUUUUUUGGAUUAAACUAGGACUGCACUUA